CAAGUGGAAGUAGAUGCACGCAACCUACUAGGAAGAGAGCCACGUGGCGACUCAUUCUGUGCUCUUUUGUCUGUCUUGAAGAUUUCCGAACAACUUCUUCUUCACUGCCAACUCCCAAGCUGAUACUGUACAGUGAUGCGAUAAUUGUCCCUGUAAUUUCUUUGCGCAAACUAGCAUCUGCCCAUCGCAUUUUUAUGAGUGCCUCUAGUACAAAGCAUUGAAGCUGUAAUCGGUAAAACAAGAAGAAUGGGCCAGGCAUUUCGUCGAGCAUCUGGCAGAAUACGAGCCACCGAUCCACCUCCCACUCCCAAGAGCGUAGCUGAACGCAGGCCUCCUGUGGGAACCGACGAUAAGAUCGAUAUCUCCAGGAGAAGCGCCCAAUAUAACAAUCAGGACAGUCUUGAUUCUGAUGGUGAUCCAAGAUUUAAUGCUGACAAUGUCCUUGAAGAACGAGAUCCACAAUUUGAUGCAAUGCUUAAUCAAAUGGUGGGUAGAAUUAGAUCAAAGCCUGGAGGUAAACUUGAGAUGGGCGAGGCAGGAGUGGUAGAAAGGUAUAAUAGGCCCAUGCCAAAGCUGCGGAACACAAAACCUGAUUCUGGCAGGUAUGAAGAAAGACCUGCUCCUCAAGGAACUCUGAAUGUGGCACAGCUGCGCCACAUCAUGCUUCUGCAUCAAGGUAAAGCUGAUGAUCACAAUGGGCCAAUGGACGUCCACCAGAUUGCCAAUAAGUUGAAACUUGAAGUUGCACAGGUGCAGCGGAUCUUGCAGUUUGUAUCACUGCCACCAGAGGAUAGCAACAAACAGAAAAGGUACUAGUGGUCACAGGCUUUCACAUCUGCUAAACUAACACGGUAUUCUGUUGAAUAAGGGAGAGUUGAUAGUUGAUACUGCAAUUUGAAAUCUUAUCAGCCGAGUGUGGGCUAUUAUGGUUUCAUAUACUUCAUCAAGGUGCAAAAUAUAUCUUUUUCUUAAUCACAAGCAUCUCGGAAAGGUUGUGCAAUCAUCUGUUGUGCUUGGUUGUUAAGGACACUAUGCCUGCGUUUGUAUCCCAAGGAAUUAUUGAACAUAAGAAGGCCGGAGUUUUUCUAUGCCA